AUGACAGGUUCGCGCGAUGAUGAGAGGCUUGAGCGUUCAGCUUCUCAGCUGUCGACCGCUUCGCGCAGGUCUGGGACCGUUCGCGCUCCGUCCAGAAAACAGUCACUCGUCACCCCAGCUUCGGCCAAAACCUUAGAGUCAUUUCCCUCACUUUCUCCAGAAGUUUCGCCCGCCGCCAAGCGCGCAUCCUUGCCCCCAGAUCCCUCGGCAUCUGUCAAUGACCCUCCAAAGGAAUCGCCAGGACUGCCUUCUCGAAAAGACCUGUCGAUGGUGGCAAACUUGGUCCAUAGAACGAGCUCGAUGCAAGGCAGGACAGCUCUCUUUGAAGAGAGCCGCAGCAUCGAGGCAAAAGGGGUGCCUGGAACAUUACAUCACGCGAGCGAUGAGCAUAUACAAAGACUUGUGAAAAAGACUGGCGCUGUGGCUCUUGUGAGACAGCUUGCGGCGGACGUGGCACAUCGGGAUGCUGAAUUAACACUCCUCCGAAGGCACGCCGAGGAGAGAGAGCGCGAGCUCAAGAAGAUGCUUAGAGAGGUCGAGGUUUCGAACUUAGAUAUAGAGAAGAGGCUGCAUCGAAUCGACCACAAAGAGGAGGGUAUUGCUCCGGGCUCUCACACCGAGGGUUCUGCAAAGAACAAACCUCCGGUAGCAAAGGGCAAUGGCAAACCGACAGAAGGCGCUAGAGGCAUUGACGAGAUGAUGGGCGAAGCAAUGGAUGACGAUGUUAGACGACUUGAAAUAGACGAGGGCUAUCUGGACUCAGUCACGGACAAUGACAAGCAAGCUACAGUAAAAGCAAAAGGUGGUCCCUCAAGAGAGUCCGACGGACAGUCUGUGGCCUCCAGCAUAGACUCGCAAGGACAACCUCGGGGAACUCUCAGGGGGUGGAAAGGUUAUCUGUGGGGCGGAACAGGAAGAAGUCGGAAAACGAGCAAAGCGAGCAGCGUGGUCAGCGAGCAAGAGCAGAAUCGCGAGGCUGGUGGGAGAACGCGAGGUUCAAGUGGCAACAGUACGCGCAGAAAAGGAUUGAAUGAAGAUACUUUUCAGCCGCUCACUAAGGCUUCAACUGUAGACAAUGGGGCGCCACAGGAUCAAUCAAGAAAAUCGUCAGUCUCUGUUACCUCGUGGACGACGAAACUUUUCGCCGGAAAUCCUGCUGGCUCAAAGGAAGCAGAGAACCAGGGUACUGUGCGGAACCGAUCAAAUACGACUGGGAGUGAGAAUGCAAGAGGUUCAAGAUCAGGUUCGACAGCAUCUGGCCCCCCGCCGCGAUCCGCAAAGGCUGCGUUGAUGAGAGUCAGCAGCAUGGAGAAUGGCCGUCUCUCAAAGAAGUCUGUGUCAAACCUACAACUUGGUCAGAAAGGAAAUCCGAAAACCCAGAUUCCGCCUGUCCCUCCACUGCCGAGCAGUCCAGCAAGAGCUGAAGCAUCAACGAACCUUGGUCCCGUAGAGAUGGAUACGAUUCACCCAUACGAUUCAAAGCCGCCGACACUUGUUCAAAAUGGGGACAAAACUUCAGAUGAUCUGCUUACGGAUCGAUUUGGUUUCAUCUACGAUCAACGGCGUAGGAAGAAAGAGGCCGAAGCCUCCAUCAGCCAUAAACGUGGAAAGUCGACAGCGAGUGCUAACGUUGAGAUGAUCAACAGUUCUCGAGCAUCUAUGAAAUCGCCGGGACCUGAACAGAGGUCCCAGCUCUCUGUACCUGAUCCAUUGCAACGAUCGAUGUCACCGAAUUCCAAUGAUGAGGCGAGUGAAGAACGGCCAGCGAAGAGAUGGCAAGACUACCUCAAAGUUUCAACAACGCCUACCGAGUUGCUCAUACACACACCAUCUGCUAAGCCAGGCAUAAAUGUCAUCAAUGCUGAUACAUCUACGUCACCUAUCAAGCGGCUACCCACUCAAAGCGAUCUACGGAAGUCCGGACCACCAGUCAGCACGAAUGCGGAGCCAGAGAUGUCGCCAGUGACGGCCGGAAAGGCCGAGAUCACAAGACAAACUUCUAGCAAAAACCCAGGACACGUAGCGAGUGCCGUCGUAGAGGAGGAGCCCGUAAAGCUCCUUUUAGCUCAAUUGACUGAGCUUCAUGACGCCUUGCAACGUGAGAAGACUGUGAGGUGGAACGAGUUCCUUCGCAAGGUACGUGCUGAGCGUAAGAAAGAGGGCGAGUUGGCUGCAGCAACCGACGGCCGAUCGCAGCAAGCUGCCAUGCCUGAGAUGAUGCUUACUGAUGGGGAGGUCAUCGGAAUGUCUGGUCUUGGCAAUAAAGGCAAGGUGGGAAGAGCGAAAUGGAAGGAGUUCAAGCAGCUUGUACUUGGUGGAGUUCCUGUGUCAUAUCGCGCAAAAACCUGGGCCGAAUGCAGUGGAGCGGCGGCGCUACGAGUUCCAGGCUAUUACGACGAGCUUAUACGGACUGGAAUCGAUGACCCUGCCGUCAUAUCGCAGAUUCAAAUGGACAUUCGUCGGACUUUGACCGACAAUGUCUUCUUCCGAAAAGGGCCUGGCGUGGCAAAAUUGAAUGAGGUGCUCGUUGCAUACUCGCGCCGGAACCCAGAUGUCGGGUAUUGCCAGGGUAUGAAUCUAAUUGCGGCCUCUCUCUUGCUGGUCAUGCCUACUGCCGAGGACGCUUUUUGGGUUCUCACAAGCUUGAUCGAGAAUAUCUUACCACAGCACUAUUACGACCCUUCGCUCCUGGCCUCACGUGCGGACCAACAAGUUCUAAGGGCAUACGUGUCUGAGCUACUGCCAAGAUUGUCCAGUCAUUUAGAUGACCUAGGCAUUGAACUUGACGCCCUGACAUUCCAAUGGUUUCUCUCAGUUUUCACAGAUUGCCUCUCGGCAGAAGCUCUCUUCCGUGUCUGGGAUGUAAUAUUCUGCUUCAAUGAUGGGAGCACCUUUCUCUUCCAAGUAGCUGUUGCUCUACUGAAGCUCAAUGAAAGCCAGCUGCUUGAAUGUGACUCAGCAGCCAGGGUCUAUGGCUACAUUGGUAACGAGAUGACCGAUCAUGCUAUCAGUAUCGAUGGCCUAGUCAGUGCCAGUGACGCACUGAGGAAUGUCAUCACGAGAAGGGAAGUCGAGGAGCGGAGGUGGAAAGCAGUAGAGGAAGCUCGAGGACGAGAGAAAAGUGGCAGGGCAAGCAGGAGUGGUAGUAGUGCUACCAGCGCAGCGGAAUUGAGCAUGCAAGAGCCGCGACCAUUUGAGGAUAAUGGCAACGUCAAUAUUGGCGGAAAAGCGUGA